CCAUGAGCCCCGACCUCAAAGUUUGCGGCGGGCGGGCGGGCGCGGAGCCUCCAAGAUGCCGUUCCACCCGGUGACGGCGGCGUUGAUGUACCGGGGCAUCUACACCGUGCCCAACCUGCUGUCGGAGCAGCGCCCCGUGGACAUCCCUGAGGACGAGCUCGAGGAGAUCCGAGAGGCCUUCAAAGUCUUCGACCGCGAUGGCAAUGGCUUCAUCUCCAAGCAGGAGCUGGGCACGGCCAUGCGCUCCCUGGGAUACAUGCCCAACGAGGUGGAGCUGGAGGUUAUCAUCCAGCGGCUGGACAUGGACGGUGAUGGCCAAGUGGACUUUGAGGAGUUUGUGACCCUCCUGGGACCCAAGCUCUCCACCUCAGGGAUCCCAGAGAAAUUCCACGGCACUGACUUCGACACCGUCUUCUGGAAGUGUGACAUGCAAAAGCUGACCGUGGACGAGCUGAAGCGGCUGCUCUACGACACCUUCUGUGAGCACCUGUCCAUGAAGGACAUCGAGAACAUCAUCAUGACGGAGGAGGAGAGCCACCUAGGCACGGCGGAGGAGUGCCCCGUGGACGUGGAGACCUGCUCCAACCAGCAGAUCCGUCAGACGUGCGUGCGCAAGAGCCUGAUCUGCGCCUUCGCCAUCGCCUUCAUCAUCAGCGUCAUGCUCAUCGCAGCCAACCAGGUGCUGCGCAGCGGCAUGAAAUAG